AUGUUCCAUCUGCGGCACAGCGAACAGCUGGCACCCCAGGGGGCUAUGAAGCAACCAGGAAAAAUCAUGGAGAAAGAAAAGGCAGUCGCUAGGUACCUGGGCAAUCAAAGCUCCCGCCAAAAUGCAGCGAGAGUGGACAAGUGUGGAUUAGCCUGCACCAAAAUUGCUCUGAACGGCGCCCCUUAUUUGGUUGCUGCCCCCUGUGGGUUCAACCCGGACGAGUAUGGCAUGCCCGAGGAAAAACACCUCCCCAGCAUCGUGUUCGAACCGGAAGGCUUCCUUUCUCUCCACCCGACUGUGGCGGCGUUGAUUACCCGGCGGGACACAUCCAAUUCUGGUCAUCUGAAUGUUUCGGCGCCGGAAGAUCGACUGUUUUGUCCUCCCAGGACUGCCCCUUCAUGCCACGAUAGGCCCACGAGGAAUGCCGCGACUGGGCAAAUUUCAAAGGUUGGCCAUGAUUCAGGCACUGCGGGGCAAUCGUUGGAAUCAUCGUGGCCCACUGCGUGGCGACUAUCACCGGGUGUCUUUCUCAUUUUUGCCGUCAAACCCUGGAAAAAUUUCAUCUUGAUUGCAAUCGGCAAAUUACAAGCCACCACAACUUGCCAGGGACCGCAAAUGCGAGAGGUUGGUGCCGUACAAGUCUGCCUCGGGGAUAGGAAGUUGAUCUGUGAAUGGCCUAUGAAGCGCUUCCACAUCAACCGCAGUCCAAAGAUAUGCGCACACCGAUGA